AUGCAGCCCAGGUCUGCCAGGGAUGAGUCCGGGAGGCUCGUGGCUGACGGGGAGACGCAUGUUGAGAUUCUGGAUCCGACAGCCCCGACAUGCCCACAGUCGCAGCUUCGCCUGCAGCAUAGACUGGCUCGAGACGAAGCGAGACAGCGACAUUUCUUUGACGAGCACCAGCGCUUCUGGAGGUUCUCAUGGACAGGAGCUUGCGGAGUCGUCGGAGGAAGAGUCGCUGCCAACAAAGCGCCAAGCCAAGGCUUGCCUGCGUUUUUGAACAAGAACGAGCUCGUGGCCUGGAUGCAUGGGGAGUUCGUGGAGGAGAGGUCCAUCAUGGAUUUAGACCUGGAAGAGCUCAUGACUCCGAAGUCAUCACCAAAAAAGUGUAGAAGCUCGCUGCCUGGAAACCCUUCCGAUGCACUGCCUCUCCAUCGGUUUUGGGGAGAGGCGGAGACCCAAAGUGGGACGACGCCCUUCGAGGAGGAGCAGCAAGAUCAGCGCAGACAAGAAGACAGCGUUGAGCCUUCACCUUGUCAGAGUGCUUGUGGCAAUGGCAGCAACGACUCUCCGAAGGAGCCUCCAGACCCUGCGCCGUGCCACAAGGCCGAGAUGAGAGACGACGAGGAAGAUCUGCCUGGAGCGCUCCGGGCCGCAGCGGGCGAGGGGACCUCAAGCUCAAUUGAGAUGUCGCUGCCAACAACGCGCCAAGCCAAGGCGUUUUUGAACAAGAACGAGAUCGUGGCCAGGAUGCAUGGGGAGUCCAUCAUGGAUUUAGACCUGGAAGAGCACAUGACUCCGAAGUCAUCACCAACAAAGUGUAGAAGCUCGCUGCCUGGAAACCCUUCCGAUGCACUGCCUCUCCAUCGGUUUUGGGGAGAGGCGGAGACCCAAAGUGGGACGACGCCCUUCGAGGAGGAGCAGCAAGAUCAGCGCAGACAAGAAGACAGCGUUGAGCCUUCACCUUGUCAGAGUGCUUGUGGCAAUGGCAGCAACGACUCUCCGAAGGAGCCUCGAGAGCCUGCGCCGUGCCACAAGGCAUGCAGCUCCGAGACCGAGAUGAAUGAUGACGAGGAAGAUCUGCCUGGAGCGCUCCGGGCCGCCGCGGGCGAGGGGACCUCAAGUUCAAUUGAGAUGCCUGAUCCGAUCGAUGCAUCUAAAUCGGCUUCCGAUGCUGAGAAGGAUCCUGCCGAUCUUUUUCACCCGGCAUGCGAUGUCUUGCCUGCUCUUUUGGAGUACUUCUCCGUGCCAGACAUCCUGGCCUGGCGUGUGACUUCCAAGCAGACUCGGAGUCCCGAGGUCUUGUUACGACACGUAGCCGAGCUUGGCAGGUUUGACACGUCCGCCUCGAUCAUCGCAUUUUCUGAUGCAGUGACUCGCACCACAUCACCAGACUCCGAACAAUUUCCCGACGAAUUUCCCGACGACGUCGAAUGUCAGAAGCGCUUCGAUUGCCAGCUCUGGUGCGUGAUGCUUGCGAGAAGUGACUCCACCCAUUUUGCUGAAGACUACGUCCGCCAAACCGUGGACAACAAUCUCACUGUUUUGUUUUCUCAUUGCCUGGACUCGGAUGAACGCGUGCGCGUCUCAGCCCACUAUAUAGUCCUGCAGCAUUCCGUGCAUGGCCUGGGGUUCGUGAAGGAGCUGAUCACAGACACAUUGCUCAGUCAGAUGCGAGACAUCUUGACCGGCACGGAGAUAGAGGCGACCUGGAAACGCAUAAAGAUGUACAUGCCGCAUCUGGAUUCGCUUCUGCGAUCCCUGACGCAGCAUCAGCAUCGGGAAUGGAUGUCUUUGCUUGUCAACGUCCUACGCCGCCUGCAAUCAGCUUCAGCUCGACACAGGGCUGCUCGCCAGAACUUGGUGAUCGAUCGUUUGAAGCUCCUCUGGCUUGCUGCUGGCGAUCCCAACCGAACCUAUGCAGAUGAGAAGCGGCAGCUCCGGGCCAUGGCGGACUCCCUGAAUGUCGGAGACAGGGAUGAUCAGAAGACUAAGCUGAACCUCCAAAGCCUUCUGCACUGCUAA